CUCUCGGAAAGGACAUCCCUAAUGCAGCUCUACUUUGGCUCCGCCGGCAACAUGUACUGAAUCUACCCGGGAGAGACCGAGGAAGAUGGCGGCGACUGAUCGUUCCCGAUCCGAAGCUGCAAAACAGCGACGGCAGGAUCAGUUACAGCGAUGGCUAGGCUCGGAAACCGAUCAGACGGGACCGGGGACGCGGGACGGGUCGACGGGAACCGGGACGCGGAGAGCCCGGGUUCGGUUCGCUCAGGGAGCCGUGUUUAUGGCAGCCUGUUCGGCCGGGGACAGAGAGGAGGUAGCGGUGCUCCUACGACAGGGCGCUGACAUCAACCACGCCAAUAUAGACGGACUGACCGCGCUUCAUCAGGCGUGUAUAGAUGAGAAUGCAGAGAUGGUCCAGUUCCUGGUGGAGAGUGGGAGUGAUGUGAACCGGGGGGACAACGAGGGGUGGACUCCCCUCCACGCUGCUGCCUCCUGUGGGUUCAUACAAAUCACCAAGUACCUGAUAGAGCACGGUGCACGUGUGGGGGCAGUGAACAGUGAAGGAGAGCUUCCUCUGGAUGUUGCCACUGAGGAUGCUAUGGAGAGACUGCUGAAGGGAGAGAUCAAGAAACAAGGGGUGGAUGUAGAUCUGGCGAGGAGGGAAGAGGAGCGGGUGAUGCUGGCGGAUGCCAACGCGGUGCUGGCAGGAAGUGGCGUGCUGACACCUCACCCCAACACCAAUGCCACAGCGCUGCACGUGGCCGCGGCCAAGGGCUACAUAGAGGUCAUGAAGGUCCUGCUCCAGUGUGGUCUGGAUUUGGACAGUGGUGAUGUGGAUGGCUGGACAGCCCUGCAUGCUGCAGCUCACUGGGGACAGCAGGAGGUGUGUUCUCUGCUGGCUGACAACCUGUGUGACAUGGCUGCUCUCAACAACGUGGGACAAACCCCUAUAGAGGUAGCAGAUGACACCCUAGUGGACACUCUGGAGCAGCUGACUAAGAAACAGAACGCUUUGCGUACAGAGAAAGCCAAGCUGUCCCAGCCUCCGGUCAUUGAAACCAGUCCUUCUAUCAAUAUGGCACCAGUUAGACCACGCAGGACCUCAAUCUCUCGUAUGAGCAGCAGAGAGAAGAUCUGCCUCCACGAGAGAGAGAAGCACCCUCCCCCUGCCCUGACCAGCAGCCCAGCCGAAGAAGAAGAGGAGGAGGGAGGACAAGGCCAGCCUGGGACGCAGGGACCGGGCCAGCCUGGGACUCAGGGAAUGGGCCAGCCUGGGACUCAGGGAACGGGCCAUCCUGGGACUCAGGGACCGGGCCAGCCUGGGACGCAGGGACCGGGCCAGCCUGGGACUCAGGGACCGGGCCAGCCUGGGACUCAGGGACCGGGCCAGCCUGGGACUCAGGGACCGGGCCAGCCUGGGACGCAGGGGACACAGGGACAGCCUGGGACUCAGGGACCGGGCCAGCCUGGGACGCAGGGGACACAGGGACAGGGCAAGGCCUCCAGCAGCUCCAGUUCAGAAGAGGAGGACGACGAAUCUGAGAGUGAUGCUGAAUCAGAGAAAGCCAAAAACCGAGAGAUCAUCAACAACUUGAACAACAAAUGCAACAGCUCCUCCACCCACGCUACCUCCACGGCAACCAGCACUUCAGGAGACCCUGCCAAAAAGUCGCAGGACCCAGGGAAGCCCCCAGCCCCCGAAGUGGCACCUAGCUCGGCCCCUGGCGCGGCCCCUGGCUCCUGGAGGACCUCUCUUCGUAAGGCAGGCAGCUCUGUGACCCUGGGUCCUUCAGGGGCCAACGACCCCAGCCAGGAGUCCACCCGUGGGGCCCCUGAGUCUGGCCUGGGCAUAGGGAUGACCCGCUCUGCCUCCAGCCCACGCCUCAGCUCCAACAACACCACCACAGACACCAAGGAACCCAGGACUGCCAGAGUGAACCCCAGUCCAACCAGACGUCUCUUCAGUAUGCCAGACACCAACCCAGAGGGCACUAGCAGCUGGCUGAGUCGUAGCUCCUCUUACACCCGACGCCUCAAUAGUACUGGAAGUGAUCUUAGUAGCUCCACUCCCUCCUUGCCUCUCAGCUCAUCCUAUGGACACAAACCGGAUGACCCCACGGGGACAGGAAGUAGCUCCUCUGUUGGACUCAGUCGACUCAACAUCCUGGUGGCCCAGAGACUGGCUCAGGAGCAGGCAGAGAAGAAGGAGAAGGAGCAGGGUUCUGUCACCACCACGACCGGUGUGGGCAGCGAUCUGGAGACCAAGCAGAGGCGCAAGUCCUACUUGACCCCGGUACGUGAUGAGGAGGCUGAGGCUCAGAGGAAGGCUCGCUCCAGACACGCCAGACAGUCACGGCGAUCCACUCAGGGGGUGACGCUCACAGACCUGAAGGAAGCUGAGAAGACAAUGAAGACCGCACAGACGGACGAAGGGAGAGACAAGACAAUGAAGACCGCACAGACAGACAAAGAGAGAGACAAGACAAGGAAAGAGGAGGAGGAGAAGGAAGAGGCCAAUAAGAAGAAAGCAGAAGAGGGGGAAGUAAGCUGGAGGUCCCGUAUCGCCAGCCUGCAGAAGUCUGACCUGUUGGGGCUGACUCAACCGGCCGGUACCCUUCGUCCCCAGACCUCCGGCCAGGAGAGGAGUGCAGAAGGGGAGAGUGAGAGUGACCGUAUCGCCAGGGAGAGACGGAGAGCCCGAGCCAGGAGGAGAGCUCAGAGGGCUGGAGAUAGUGAUGACAACGAGCCCAGUGGAGAGGAGGGGUUGGGAGGCAGUGGGCAGGAUCCACAGACAGACAGGCACUCCAGCACCAGGUCCGACGUGUCAUGUAACGACUGUAUCGACAGAGGCGGCUCUGAAACUAAGGAUUACAAGAAGCUGUUUGAGGUGGUGUCCAGGGAGAAUGGUCAGCUCCAGUCUCAGCUGCAGGACACCCAGAGGACCAUCUCUCAGACAAGACUGGACCUGGACAAGGUUACCCAGAGACAAGAGCGGUUCAGUGAUUGUUCAGCCAUGCUCGAGCUAGAGAAGAAGGAGCGACGGAUGUUGGAGCGCCGUGUGGCUGAGCUGGAGGAGGAGUUGAAGGUGCUCGGUGACCUGAGAGCUGACAACCAGAGGCUGAAAGACGAGAACGGAGCGCUCAUCAGGGUCAUCAGUAAACUCUCCAAAUAGACGGAGAGAACGAGAGAGAGACAACAGGGAAGCCCACUCCCUCCCUCCCUCCGUCCAUCCACCCCUCCCACCUCACAUUCCUACCAGUGCCAAAGAACGAAAGACCGAGAGAAGGGGGGGGGGGGGGUACAAGAAACAAAAAAAGAGAAGACGUAUGGGAAUGUGGUACUCUAAACAACACCAUAUCUUGACUUGAUUGUGACGCCUCUUCUUCCUUAGUCCUGACCAAUCGCUGUGGCUUGUCGUUGUGUGUGUGUGUCUUAUGCCCACUUUGAAGACAGGACCGUAUCCAUGGCAGGUAGCCGUGACAACUGUGGUCAUGACGACGGCUCGCAUAGUAGCAAAGAGGCGUGACAACAGCCAAAUGCCCAUGGGAUUGUGAUGUAAAAAAAAAAAUUACAAAAAAACAGAAUAUAGACAAUGUGCACAAGGCGGAAAUACUAAUAUGAGCACACACAUUCCUUCUCUGGGUGCCAUCCACACACAUUCCUUCUCUGGGUGCCAUCCACACACAUUCCUUCUCUGGGUGCCAUCCACACACAUUCCUUCUCUGGGUGCCAUCCACACACAUUCCUUCUCUGGGUGCCAUCCACACACAUUCCUUCUCUGGGUGCCAUCCACACACAUUCCUUCUCUGGGUGCCAUCCACACACAUUCCUUCUCUGGGUGCCAUCCACACACAUUCCUUCUCUGGGUGCCAUCCACACACAUUCCUUCUCUGGGUGCCAUCCACACACAUUCCUUCUCUGGGUGCCAUCCACACACAUUCCUUCUCUGGGUGCCAUCCACACACAUUCCUUCUCUGGGUGCCAUCCACACACAUUCCUUCUCUGGGUGCCAUCCACACACAUUCCUUCUCUGGGUGCCAUCCACACACAUUCCUUCUCUGGGUGCCAUCCACACACAUUGCACCAGUCCAAGGCAUCUUGGUCCCUUAGCUUUCCCACUCAGUAAUUUAUUUUAUUUUGUGACCCACACAUUCACACACCACCUUUUUCCACCAACCCACUCUGCUAUUGUACUAACUGCGGUUCUCAGUCCCUCCCACUCAAAACUAUCCUACCCCACAAAUACACUCCUUAUAGAGGCUUUCACAUCGUCUCCGUCCAGACCCUGGAUCCAUAUCUCCCACUCAAAUCUGAGUGUGUCAUUCCACUCCAUGAGCCUCUUAAUCUGUUAGUGCCAUUGGUUUUGAACCCACCAGAGAUCCACUCUUCCCCUAACACACUAUAGUGUUUUGAACCCACCAGAGAUCCACUCUUCCCCUCAAACACUAUAGUGUUCUGAACCAACUAGAGA